UUUGUGUGAUUUGUUUUGAAAUUUUAUGCGUGUGACCAGUGUGUAAGUUUUGUAACUGAAUUAUUAUUAUUAUUGAUUUGUUGUGAUUUUUAAGUGAAGAAUUUCUUGGUAUUGAAAGAUUGUAGUGUUGUUUAUUUUUAUUAAAGAGUGCUGUUGUUUGAUCCGGCUAGGUUCGUGCCAUGUGUGACGUAACAAAAUGGUGUGUAGGAGCUACUAAAACACAAAAUAGGCUGUCAGUCACAUUCUAAUCACAUAAAAUAUCACAAAACCGGUGUACAAAUUAAGUGAAAUAGCCUUGAAAAAAUUAUUAUUAUAACAAUUUUAUCAUAAAUAUAAUAAUAAUAUUACUAUCCACUAAACGAGCAUACAUCGUUAUGGGACAUGGAGGACAACUUGCAGUAGUACAAGAAUUAUUUUACACCGGUUAGAGUAGAAAAAUACAUAGCUGGCGCCUAGUGUGUGUGACGACAAAUAAAAACAAGCACUGAAGAGCUGAAGCGCAGUGGAACUUCUGUGUGUGUGUGUGUGUAGAUUGGGACUACUGUAGUCAACAAAGGAUUAUAAAUAAUAAAUAUCGUUGUGCUCGUUAAGCAACGGACGAACGCGCUUCAGCGCAGCCAACAGCCUCAGCUAGAAGAACAUAUAAUAAUAAUUACACAUUACAACCACUACGACUACUACAUAGCCUGCCUAGAUGUGAGAAUUUUUGUGGAAUGCAACACAAUAGAAUCAAACCAAAAUCAUGGGAACCGAUGAAUCCAUGCACCAUUAUCAAUCUACAACAUCGAAUUGGAUGCGAUUUUUAAUAAUUGAAAUUCUAAUAUUAUGUAAUUAUUUUGUAAUCGCAGAUGUCUCGUUACAAGUCGUUAGUAAUCCCGAACCCAUUGCCGUACCAAUGGAAGAUCGGGUUACUUUUGAUUGUACGAUGAGUUUAAAACCCGAUCGAUUUGAGUGGUUACAUUUACCAAAAUGGCCGCAUACAUUGUCUGUGGCAUAUGUUAUCGAUCAUAAACGAUAUGAAAAUCGUGGAAAUAGCACGUCGUUGCGGUUUAAGGUUGAUAACAAAUCGAAAAUGGGCGGUUAUCAAUGUGUAGCUUGGUAUGGAGCCCAAGCGAUUGCAUCAACACCAGCCAUGUUAACAAUUGCCGAAUUGGGGAAAUUCCCAAAAAUUCCAAAUCAAACAAUAAACGUAACGGCGGGCAAUACAAUUACGCUUUAUUGCCCUCCGCCACCAAGUAAUCCUCCAGCUUCCAUACAAUAUUUUCGAAGUGAUGGUUACGAAUUAAAAGAUAUACAAACUCCUUCAGGAGCGCUUGUUAUACAGAAUGUGACGUCAAAAAACUCUGGUGAAUAUUUUUGUCAAGCAGAAAAUUGGAUUACUGGAAUAACAACGGAUGCACCUUACAAAAUUUACUUAAAUGUUGGACCACAUAAGCUAAAAGAAGCGCCCAAAUUUUUACGAAUGCCUCCCAAAAAUUAUACGGUACUUUUGGGUGAGAAUGUGACUUUAGAAUGUUCGGCAAUAGGGACGCCACCACCGACAAUUCGAUGGCGAAGAUCUGAUGGUGUUCCAAUACCACGAAAUCGUAUUGAAGUAACGCCAGUUGGUCUGAAAUUAGCUCACAUAACUAGGCAGGAUCAAGCAACGUAUGCUUGUGAAGUUGAUAACGGUGUUAUGCCAUCCUUGACGCACCACGCUACCUUAAUGGUCCAUGAAAUGCCGGUCAUUAUAUCUGGACCAAAUUCUGAGAAUUCAACCGAAGGUGAUAGUCUCGAAUUAGAAUGCACAGUAAAAGGAAUCCCCGAACCUACGAUUCAGUGGGUAAAUAAUGGUCGUAGCGUUCUAAACGAUAGCAAUAUCGAAGCAAUUGGUAAUAAAAUUUACAUAAACCCGGUAGAAAAACGCCAUGCUGGUACGAUCCAAUGUUUCGCCUCGAAUAUUGCUGGUAAUGCAUUUAGUAUAUCCCUCUUAACGGUGUACCCGAAACCAAAAACUGGUGGAGAUGCUUAUCUAGAGUCAGAUACGCGGAGUCAAACACCUGGACCACCAGCAAAUAGUCGAAAAAAUCAUUCAAACGGUAAAAUUCAUCGAGGUAAGAAUAAAAAUCGACGAAAAGAGAAAAAUAUGAAAAUGAUUCCACCAUCCAAGCCAAAUAUUACACGAUUAUCCGAUACAUCGGUGAUGGUUCGAUGGAAUGUGCCACAAAAUGAUGGAUUAGGGAUACGAUUAUUUAAAAUUCAAUAUCGGGAAGUGAGUUCUAAUGAUCCUGAGCGUAUGGCACAAUUACAAGAAAAAUCCUCCAAAUGGGAUACGGUAAAUGCAGAUAUUGGUCCAAAUGUAAACACAUACGAAGUGGAUAAUUUGUAUACGGAUUCAAUUUAUAAAUUUCGAAUUGCUGCUGUUUACACAAAUGACGAUAAUAAAUUAGGUCCAAAUUCAGCGAAAUUUCAUUUACAACGUUCCUCGUUUACUGGUCGAAACCCGUUACCAACGCCAGUAUUAACCCGAACUGAAGCUAUUAAUGAAACUGCAAUUCGAAUUUAUUGGGAUCUCCACAAUGAAGGCAAUGUAUCGAUAGAAGGCUUCUACAUCAAUUAUCGUGAUUUAACGAUUGCAAACGAUUAUAUCAAAGAAACCGUUGAUAAUGCAUCAGCUCGAUCGUGUAUUAUCAGUCAUUUAGUACCUGGUAAAAUUUACGAAUUUAAAUUACAAAGUUUCAAUGCAGGAGCUGGCAGUGAUUUUAGUGUGAUAUUAACGCAACAAACCGUAAUUCCUGUUACGGAAACAUCGUUAACGCGAGACGAAACUACAACAGGUGCCACGAUAGGUAGCAAGUCAAGUAAAUUACAAUUAUAUGUCAUUAUUGGAGCAGCUGUGGGUGGAAUUGCACUUUUAACCGGAGCAAUAUUAGCGCUUGUUGUUUGUAAGCGGUAUCGACAGAAAAAAGCUCAAAAUAUUACUGGUCAAGGGGAUAUUGAAGAUAAGCGUAAUUCAAACGAUGGAAGUCAUCAUAUUCAAGCUGAAUCAAAAGAUUAUUCAAAAUCACGGCGUGCAAUGCAUAAUGGUUGUCCACCACCUGGUCCGAAAUUAACAAUCACACCAAAUCCAUUGGCGAAUGCAACAGCAGAUGAGGACAAGAAUCAAAAUGUCAUGGAGAUGUCCUCGUUCAUAUCCCAGAACAACAACUGUAACGAUAUAACAUCCACCAAUGAAUCAACAGUGGGUACACCAUCGGGAUCAUCGUCAACUGUACCAGGGGAUCCACAUUACCAUCAUUCAACGGCCAAUUAUUUGAAUAAUGUCAGUGGUAAGAAGAAUAAAAAGGGGAAGAAUAAUGAAAUUAAAUCACCGAUUAGUGUAGUGAAUUCAUCAACCCCGAGAGCUGGUGAAAAUUAUGUGUGAAAGACGAAAAACUUUUUUUUUAAUUUAAUAUUUAUUUUACGAACAAUAAAAUGGAACUUUUGUGAUUGUGAUAAUUGAUUGUGAGAAAAUUGGAUGAAUGUAGAUCGUUUUAAAGGUUGUAUUUACUUUAGGUAGAAAGUUUUUGAUUCUAGGUGAUUUACGUUUACGGAUUGUCUAUAAAAUACGUCACACUAGGGUCAACCAUUUUUAGACCUUUCCUCACAGUGCAGUUCGCCAACUUAUUGCAAUAUAAGGUCACAUUUACUAGGAAAAACGCCCAGUGUCAUGUUAGGCUGUAUUCCUCAUCGUCCUAUUUAAGUAUGUAUUUUAUGGGCAUCCAUAAACAAGGAAUUACCGGGAAUAAACUUUUAGCUUAAGUAUUCAUGGUAAAUCAUACACGAAAGAUCGAUUGAAAAAAUAGUCUAUUGUUGAAUCAUCCAAGGAGGGGGUAAUUUUCCUCGAAUUCUACUAUAAGUAAAUAACAACCAAUUUUCUUUAACAAAAAAACACUAAUAAAAUGUAAAAAUAGUAGUUUACGAAUUCUAGAAAAUUCGUAACAAUAUAUGACAAUAUUUUUUAUAAGUGUAUCCCCCCCCCCCCAUAGAAUUUUAUAUAUUUUUCUUGCCAUAAAAAAAUAUUUUGAAAAUUUACUAAUUUAAAUAGACUGACAUCCACUUAUACGAAUAGUUUGUAAGAUUAUUUAAGAAUUACAGGAUGUAAUCUUUUAAUAUAUUGGAAGAAGUAGUACCAAAGGUGAAUUUGGGCUUAGACCCGAAGAUCUUGACCUCAGAAAGCUACAUUUACAAUAGGGGAAUGACGCCACGUUGAUUUACGAAGAAAAAAACGGCACUUAAUAUGCUUAAGACGGCCCUGUAUUUCGUUACAAAAGUUCAAGUCACUAAUUUAGUUGGGGGAAAAUUCAAUAUCCUCCGUUUUUUGGACUACCCCUAUUCAAUAUAUUUGGAGAUUAAAUGCUGUGUAUAACGAAAUUGUGAUUAAUCCCGUAAAUUUAGAAACAAAAAAAUGAUUCAAAUUGUGUUC